AAAAUUUCCAUUCAUCGCCUAUCUGCCUCGUGUGCUCACACUCUCAUGUCCAAUGGCCAUGGCAGGACGCAUAAUCGGUGCGAAUCUCGAUGCGCGCCUUCGUGGGAAAAUAAUCAAAAUGCUACCACGUCACAGAAAUGUCAGCUGUGGGUGAGGUGAAAAUUUUCCUCAGUGGGAAAACUGCUCGAUUUUCCCCCGAAAAAAGGUCCCAAUAGCACCAAAUUUAGCAUGAUAGCCUCGCGUGGAUUGAAUUACAUGCGAACACCGCUUAGUUUAGGUAGGACAAUUGUGAAAUGCCACGCUGUGUGCUGCUCAAGGAGUCUCUGGGGUGAUUAUCACAGUGACUCGGGUGAUUUUGGUCAAAAAAUCCACUGUAAACAUCUCUCAAGGCCACUCAGCACGAGAAGAAGUGUCAGAGCGACGGAUUUGGGUGAGAGGAUAAGUGAAAAGGCGGACAAGAUGGCCAAGAGCUUUAGCCUGAGCGACUACGAUUACGUGGGAUUCGAUCUGGACAACACUGUGCUGCGCUACAAUGUCCGAGAGGUGGUGGAGAUGGAGUACCAGGUGCUGGCGAAGUAUCUCGUGCAGCAGAAGGGCUACACGGCCAAGCUGCUGGAGCCUCUGGACGCGGCCGUGGACUUCCUGCAGAAGGGCCUCAUUCUGGACUGCGAGCGAGGCAAUGUGCUGCGCAUCUCGCGCACCGGAAUCGUCCUCAGGGCAUCUCAUGGCACUCGCUUCCUCAGCGAUGACGAAAUUGUGGCCUACUAUGGCGCAGAGAGGCGCUGGAAUCUGGCGGAGCAGUUCAAGGAGGACAUCCUGGCCAUCUGGAAUGGUCCAGUGUCGCUGAAGCUGCGAAAUCUGCUCGACUACUUCGACAUGCCCGUGUCGCUGCUCUUCAGCCGCAUUGUGGACGCGAUUGACGCUGAACGCGGCGGCGUGCAGCCGCACUACACCGUCUGGCCGGACAUCCUGCAGGGAUUGGUGCACAUCUACUCGCGCGAGCACUUCGAGAGCGGCGUGAGUGAGUACUUCAAUCUGCUGCGGGCGCAUCCGGACAAGUUCCUGCUCAAGACCAGCCCCGGUGUGAUCGAGUGGCUGCGAGAGCUGAAGCGCACCAAAACCACCUUCCUGCUCACCGGCUCCAAUUCGGACUUUGCGGACUUCUCGGCCGGCUAUGCCCUCGGGAAGCAGUGGCGCGACCUCUUUGACACCGUCAUCUGCUUCGCACGGAAGCCGGCGUUCUUCUUCGACCAGAGCCGACCCUUCAUCAACGUGUCCGGCUACCAGGAGUGUGGCCCAGUGCCGGCGGAUCAGCUGCGCAUCGGCAAGCUCUACACGCAGGGCAAUGCGCGUGAUUUGGUGGAGAUUCUAAAGCAGAAACAGCCCGUGGACAAGCCCAAAGUGCUCUACAUUGGCGACAAUCUCAUCCAGGACGUCUUCGCGCCGUCCACAGUGUGUGGCUGGGACGCUGUGGCGGUGUCGGAGGAGCUGCAGUGUCGCCAGUCGGAUGAGGAACUCCUCACGUCCACGUGCUGGGAUUCCUACUUCAGCUGCGCCGGACACAAGUCCUUCUGGAGUGAGAUCAUUGAGAAGCACUCCAGGAUCUGCGUGCCAUCGCUGGACGUGCUGGCGCAGAACCCAAUCGAUCACUCCUACCCGGCCUUUGGCGAGGACUCUGAGACACGAGGCUAUCACAAGUAAUUCCCCUAAUACUCCAUGUAUUCUAUAUUAUUAAUCCUAGGCGCCCAUCGUGAGCCUCCUGGAGGCCCAAUUUGCCGGCCCCUCGACUCGCCCGCGAACCACGAAGGACACUCCCAAGUCCUUCAAGCAAUUGCGCAGCCAUCGCUACCAGCAGGAGAUCCUGCGUGAAAUCAGGACCACAGCAGAAGAAAAUAAAAAAUGCAACAAUAGCAAUAAAACGGAUGUAUAAAAACCGA